AUGGACGACGAAGUUCAGGUCGUGGAAGUAACGGUGUGCAGUUCCUCUUCGCCAACGAAGAAACGUAAACGGGAAGAGUCACCACCAAAGGCUGUAGUCACUAUUAAUAAAGAUGACAGCAUUCUCCAGAAAGUAGCUCAGCUAAAAAGGAGGCUUGAAUUUUGUGACAAAGAGAAACAAGAACUUUCAAAAAGGUUCAAAGAACUUGAACCUCUGUUCAGGAUUCAUUGCUUAAGUGUUUGCCUGCGAACGAGCAAUCAGAGCUGUUGUUAGAAGCAGCAGAAAUGGUUACAGAACUCUUAGAGACCCUGAAAGACAAACUUACAGGCUCAUCAAGUGGUUAUGAUUCAAGCCCAUCCAGUCCAAGUUGUGAUUGAGAUUGUCACUAUGACAGUUGUGGAAGCUAUUAUAAUGAAGGUUGUGAUGGGUGUUAUGAAUGUUAUCACUAUCACGAGGAAAGGUCGUACAGUUUUGGAUAUUGGCCUUAAGGUGGUAUGCAUCUGUCAAG